GUCUCAGUUGAGUGAACGAUUUGUCUUAAUGUGUCUUAUAAAUAUAACAAGUUUGUUAUUUUAAACUGCAUACCAAUUAUUUAUAUCUACAAUCAUAAAAAGGUCGAUCCAAUCAAAAUCUCUUGGAAAAGAGCGAUAAUUGUCUCUGAAAAACCCGUAUCCAAUGGCAAUGCUAAUCGAAUUGACCAUCAUAUUAAUUGGCUUGCUCUUUCUUUGGGACUAUUUGCUGAAAAGGCGGCGCAAUGAAAUAUUGCACUAUAUCCCAGGACCCAUGCCACUACCUCUUCUAGGUAAUGUGCUAAUAUAUCGCGGUAAAAGUCCAGAGGAUAUUAUGAGCUUUGUUGCAAUCAAUCGCGAAAAAUAUGGUCCCCUCUAUCGCGUAUGGAUAUUUAAUAAACUGGGCGUAUUUUCUUCCGAUCCUGCCGAUGUUGAGGUGAUACUCAGCAGCCCACAACACAUCACGAAAAAUAAUCUUUAUGAUUUAUUGCAUAUUUGGCUUGGUACCGGCUUACUUAUGAGUACGGGCCGUAAGUGGCAUUCACGUCGGAAAAUUAUAACGCCAACAUUUCACUUUAAAAUACUCGAACAGUUUGUAGAAAUCUUCGAUCAACAGAGUGCAGUGCUCGUAAAGAAGUUGAAUGAAUUUGCAGACGGGAAAUCUGUGGUGAAUAUAUUUCCGUUCAUCUGUUUGAUGGCAUUGGAUGUGAUUGCAGAGACUGCUAUGGGCACCAAAGUUAAUGCGCAAAUGAAUCCGAAAUUUCCCUACGUCUUGGCUGUAAAUGCCGUUACAAACAUUUUAGCUAAACGCUUCAUCAAUGUCUGGCAGCGCAUCGAUUGGAUUUUCUGGUUGCUAGCGCGCGAAGAUGCAAAGCAAUUUUACUCUAGCAUUGAGCUAAUGCAUGACUUUACCGAGCGCAUCAUUAUAGAUCGUCGUGCGGCAUUGGAGCAAUCGCUUACCAACAACACCACACCUACUAAAGAUACGGAUGUGGGCUUGAAACGUCGCAUGGCUUUGCUGGAUGUGCUGCUGCAGUCCACCAUUGAUGGCCAACCACUCAGUAAUGAAGACAUACGCGAAGAGGUGGAUACUUUCAUGUUCGAAGGUCACGACACUACCACCAGCGCCAUUUCAUUUUGUCUACAUUUGAUCUCUCGACAUCCGUUAGUACAAGCAAAAUUGUUUGAGGAAAUACGGGAAGUGCUGGGCGACGACAAAGAGCGGCCGGUAACGCUCCGCGAUUUAGGUGAACUGAAGUACAUGGAGUGUGUAAUCAAAGAGUCGUUGCGCUUGUAUCCACCUGUGCCUAUAAUUGGUCGUACAUUCGAAGAGGAUGUCAAUUUAAAUGGAAAAUUAAUACCCGCCGGCACAAAUUACACUGUUGGUAUUUUUGUUAUGCUCCGCGAUCCGAAAUAUUUUCCCAAUCCCAACACAUUUCAUCCUGACCGAUUUCUCAAUGAUUUUGUGGAAGGUGACGAGAAAAUUAAUCCGUACAGUUAUAUUCCCUUCAGCGCUGGACCACGGAAUUGUAUUGGCCAAAAAUUUGCCAUAUUGGAAAUGAAAAGCACAAUAAGUAAAAUAAUACGUAAUUUUGAGUUGUUACCUCUGGGCGCAGAUGUAAGACCAUCAAUGAGUAUUGUUUUACGCUCACAGACUGGGAGCGAAAUGGGGCUUAAACCACGUGUUUAUCUACUGCUGGCGACAUUGCUACUCAUCUUCCUCUACGACUACUAUACGCGCAUGCGUAAUCAAGAGUUCUACAAACGCAUACCGCUUGUUUCGAAAAUACCGCUUGUGGGCUGCAUAUUGGUGUUGGCGCGCUUUCAGCCGGAUAAUUUACAUUCGAAGUUUCAAGAGUUUGUGACGCGUUUCGGCAAAAGCUUUUGCGCGCCUGUGAUACGCGGUCUUAUGGUCGUAACGGCCGAUCCACGAUAUGUCGAAGAGUUGCUCAGCAGUCAAAAGCAUAUUCAAAAGAAUCAACUCUAUUGGCUUCUGCGCGGUUGGCUAGGCAAUGGUUUGCUACUUAGCCAUGGCCAGAAGUGGCAAAUGAUGCGAAAAAUCAUCACGCCCACUUUUCACUUCAAGAUACUCGAGCAGUUUGUAGACGUUUUUGAGCAACAGAGUCGUGUAUUGGCAGAUAAAUUGGCAGAAUUUGCGGAUGGCGCAACGACUGUGGACAUAUAUCCACAUGUAGGACUAAUGACCCUAGAUGUGAUAGCAGAAACUGCCAUGGGUGUGUGCGUGAAUGCGCAGCGCAAUUCCAAAUCGGAUUUUGUUCAAGCAGUGAAGGACGUUACAAAUAUUGUCGCCACGCGCUUCAUACGUCCCGUGUUGGCUUUUCCGCGCACCUUCAAACUGCUCCGACCGCAGCAGUUCGAGAAACAAAUGGAAGGCGUGGAAACUAUGCAUCGUUUUACCGAAAAAAUUAUUGAGGAACGGCGUUUAUUGUUACAAAAUAAAAUUAGCACUAACGCGGAAGCUUUUGGCCCAGAUGCAGAUGAUAUCGGCUUGAAACCGCGUAUGGCACUACUGGAUGUGCUCUUGCAAGCCACCACAAACAGCGGACAACCACUUACCCAUACCGAAAUACGCGAUGAGGUCAACACAUUUAUGUUUGAGGGUCACGACACUACCACAUCGGCUAUUUCUUUUUGUCUCUAUCUGCUCUCACGUCACGUCGAAUGUCAGCGCGAACUUUUUGAUGAAAUACGCGGCCAUUUCGGCGAUGACACAAGUCGACCAAUUAAAUAUAGCGACCUGCAUAAUCUGACCUACUUGAAUUGUGUAAUCAAAGAAGUUCUGCGUAUUUAUCCGCCCAUACCGGUUAUAGGACGUUGGCUGAAAGAGGAGUUGGUGCUGCCUGAUGUCACCCUGCCACCGCGCACUAAUGUACUCAUAUUACUUUGGCAAAUUUUACGUGAUCCUGACAUUUACGCCGAGCCCGAACGGUUUUGGCCCGAACGCCAUUUGAUGUCGAACGUUCGCGCAAGUGCCUUUAGUAAUAUACCCUUCAGCGCGGGACCACGUAAUUGUAUUGGACAAAAGUUUGCCAUAUUCGAGAUGCGUACUGUUGUCGUCCAAGUGCUGCGACAUUACGAGUUAUUACCCAUUGGCGCGCCGGUACAGCCAUCGAUCAAAAUUGUGUUACGGUCGAAAACAGGCGUAAAUGUUGGACUCAAGCCACGCGUAUACGAGAAUUUCGAUUUAUUCCGACAUGAAUCAUAUAUUGUAUUUCAACAUUUUGCUCUAAAGCAUAGCUGGUGGCAUUUAAUUGAUUCGCGACGAAUAACAAACGUUGAAUUCAUUAAGAGGGAACAAAGUGAAAUGACUUGGUACUUUUUUCUAUGCGUAUUGACGCUUUGCUUGUUUGCCGAUUAUCUUUGGAAGCGCGAUGUGAACGCCAAGUGUGACAAACUUCCGGGCCCAUUGAAUUUGCCAAUUUUUGGCUGCAUCUGGAUUUAUACGCACAUGCAGCCUGAUGAACUAAUUUCGCUCGGCCAUUACAUACGAAAUCGCUUUGGACGUGUGACCCGUUUUUGGGUACUGCACAAACAUGCUAUGUUUGUGUGCGAUUUACGUGUCACACAAAUGCUGCUAAGCCAUUCCACAGAGAUUCGAAAGAAUCGCAUGUAUGACCUACUAGCCGAUUGGUUGGCUGAAGGUCUGCUCGUUAGUUAUGGCGCUAAAUGGUUGAGUCGUCGACGUGUUAUUACGCCAGCUUUUCAUUUUAGUAUUCUCGUGGAUUUCAUAGGCAUUUUCGACCAACAAGCACAAAUCUUAGUGGGAAAAUUGGAAAAGUUUGCGGAUGGUGAGCAGAUUGUAGACUUGGAGAAUCCUGUAGGACUGGCGACACUGGAUGCUAUCUGUGAAAGUGCGAUGGGUGUGCGUAUUAAUGCACAAACCGAUGAGAAAUGCGAAUAUGUGCAACUCUUGAUGGAGAUGACACGUAUUAUACUCAGGCGUUAUGUGACGCUCGUCUAUCAUCCGAUGUGGCUUUUUAAAUUGCUGGCACCUCGAUUGGCGAAACGUCAUGUGGCAGUAACAGCCGCUUUGCAUAAAUUCACGAAACGUAUUAUCAAGGAGCGACGGGAGGAAAUGUUAAAACAGCAGACUAAAAUUGGGGCAAAACAACUCUUACACAACGACGAUUCUGGCAUAAAACGCCGGCAAGCUUUACUCGACGUCUUACUCUUGGCUACCAUCGAUGGUCAACCUCUUAAUGAUGCCGAUAUACGCGAAGAAGUAGACACCUUCAUGUUUGAGGGUCACGACACCACAAAAAGUGGCAUUGCUUUUACACUAUGGUGUAUUUCACGUAACGCAGAUGUGCAAACUAAAGUUUAUACCGAAAUUGCUAAUGUUUUGGGUACUGCUGAUCAUCAAGCACUCACUCAAGGACAUUUAACACAAUUGAAGUACACAGAGCAAGUUAUUAAGGAAGCUUUGCGCAUGUAUCCUCCGGUGCCAUAUAUUGGGCGUAUUAUUAAGGAGGAUUGCUAUGUUGACGGCAGUUGCAUACCGAAAGACACCAGCGUGCUCAUAGCAAUUUAUGAGAUGCAAAAUGAUGCAGCCUAUUUUCCGGAACCACAUCGAUUUUUGCCCGAGCGCUCAGCUAAUGAUAAUCCUUUUGCAUUUGUGCCUUUUAGUGCUGGACCGCGCAAUUGUAUUGGCCAACGUUUUGCUAUGCUUGCGAUGAAAGUUUUUGUCGCACGUAUUGUGCAAAUGUUUGAACUGUUGCCGCUUGGUGCUGACGUUGUGCCCACAAUGAGAGUGGUGCUAAAAUCCGAAACAGGCUGGCAAAUGGGGUUUCGCAAACGUAAAAUAUCAACUUGAGUGUAGUUAAAGAAUUUAUUUUUAAUAAACUUCACUGACACAUAAA